AUGCCGCCCAAGUCGCUCGUCACGACAUUACGAGAUCGCUAUCUCAACACGAUACGUUCUGUACAGCCACCAUCAAGAUGGAAAGUGCUCGUCAUCGACUCCUUCACCAAGGAGCUUCUCAGCUCGGUCCUCAAGAUGUACGACAUCCUCCAGGAGAAUGUCGCUCAGGUUGACAAUAUCGAGCUGUCGCGUGCUCCGCAGUCCACACUCGAAGCGUGCUACCUCCUCACGCCUACGAGCCAGAAUGUCGACCGCAUCAUUCAGGAUCUCGCGCCGUCCGAACCGGGCAAGCAGCCAACCUACGCAGCUGGUCACAUCUUCUUCGUCGACAGCCUGUCAGAUGCGCUCGUGCAGAAGCUCACCUCCUCAAAAGCUGAGCCCAAGCUCAGACAGCUACUCGAGCUCUAUACCAACUUCUGGCCAACAGAAGCACAAGCCUUCUCGCUCAAGUCGCCGCAGAGCUUCCUCAAUCUCUUCCAACCGGUAGGAGGUUUGUACGGUCCAGAUCCCAUGGAGGCAAUGCGGGCGAUCGAAGAUGAGCUCCAAUUCUCGACGCAGGCUAUUCUCAAUGUCUGCGUUACCCUCAACGAGUUCCCUCUGAUCCGAUACUACAAUCCAUCUCACCCUCCACUUGGUCCGCUCCAGCCGCCGGCCAAGGAAGUCGCCAAAUCGCAAGCGGCCACAGCAAACGCGUACCAAGGCAGUGUGCGCAUGGCACGGCUCAGGGGGGACAACAAUGGCUCCAGUCCGGGAUAUGGAGAGCAUUUCACAAAGAAGCUCGCCUUCCGCGUGCAAGCUGCCAUCGACCAGUACAUGCGCGACAACGAGCCCAAGGUGGAAACAAGCCGGCCACGAGGUGUGCUCUUCAUCACAGACAGAUCCAUGGACACGGUAGCCCCCUUUCUGCACGAAUUCUCGUAUCAGGCUAUGUGCAACGACCUACUUCCCGUCGAAGAUGGCACCCGCUACCACUACACCUUCUACUCUGCCGAGGGCGAGCGCGAAGAGAAAGAAGCGAUUCUGUCGGACGAGGACAACGUCUGGACCGCGGUCCGCCACCUGCACAUCGCAGAAGCCAUCGACAAGCUCACGCGCGACUUCAAACGCUUCGCCGAGGAACAAGGCGCAUUUGCUGACCCCAACUCGUCCCUCAACGACAUGCGCGACAUGCUUGCAUCCCUCCCGCAUAUGCAGGAUAUGAAGGACAAGCUCUCGCUCCACCUCACCAUGGCUCAGGCGUGCAUGAACAAGUUUGAAAAGUCGACGCUAUCGGCGCAGGCCAUGGUCGAGCAGAACUGCGCGACGCGCCUCACGCCCGAUGGAGCAAAACCGCGCACGCUGGUGGAAGAGAUGGUGCCCCUGCUGGACGACAGGAGUGUCAGCAACACGGACAAGGUGCGCAUCAUCGCACUCUACAUCAUGUACUGCGACGGGGUGCCCGACGAGGACCGCAAGCGACUGUUCCAACACGCAAGAUUGGGACGCUACGAGAUGCAGGCCGUGGACAAUCUUGUGCACUUGGGCACGCAAGUAGUAAAAGAUGCAUCGAGUUCAGGCUGGGACAUGUUCUUCAAGAAGGGCAAACGUAAACAGCAACCGGGAGAGAACGAGUUCGAACUCAGCCGAUAUCAGCCGCUCGUGAAGCUGAUGGUGGAAGACCAUUUUGCGGGGCGGUUGGAGCAGGCAACUUAUCCAUAUGUGCGCGAUGCGCCGCCCGAGACCGCAACCGGUGGGCUCUCGCUACCUGUCCAAACUUCAGCUCUUGCCCGCGUCGGGCUCGGUGGCGCCACGUCUUCGACUAGCAACGCAACAGGCCCAGGUCGAACUCAACCCAGCAGCUUACGAAGCGCCAAGCCGACAUGGCACCAAAAGGGUCGCGGCGGCAGCACCGUCGGCGUGGACAAGGUCGACUACCGCCAACGCAUCCUGCUGUUCGUCGCUGGUGGCAUGACGUAUUCGGAGAUGCGCAGUGCGUAUCAGAUCAGCGAGCGCUUGGGCAAAGACGUCUACAUCGGCUCUUCGCACACUUUCACGCCGGAGUCGUUCGUGGACGUCAUGAAGCACUUCGGCAAGGCGGGGGCGAGGGACGCCGCGCGAGGGGCACACCACGCGCAUCACCAUCAUCAACACCAGCAGCCGCCGGAGCAGGUGCCAGCAAGCGCAACCAAACUCUCCAAGCCCGUCAACGAUCGGAGCGCGAUACGAACCACCUCGCUCCAGCACGGCGCACAGGCAGAGUCGCGUACGAAUGGAGGCCCGCAUCGCACAGGCUACGCGAGUGCCACACCAGCCCACGACCAAGGCGCCUACGAUAGACGCUUCCAGACGCAACCCCAACCGCAACAGCAACAGCAGCAGCAGGUCCCACAGGUGUCGAGUAUACCGCAGCACCUGGCACAGGAGAGCGUGGGGAGAAGCGCAAGCCCAGCACCCAGCCAGGCUUCGGAUAUGAGCAUGAGGAGCAAGGAGAAGAAGCGCUUGAAGAACGUGUUUGGGUUCAAGAAGUCGUAG